AUGGCUAGCUAUUCUCUGGUUGAAUCGAAUUUUUUCGGAUCUGAGAACUGGUGCCUAAAGCUGCAACCUAGUUAUAAGCAUGGACUUUUAACUGGAUUGAGUAAUGGUGAAAUACGUUUGUUAGACUGGGCUACCUGCAAAUCAUUGCAAAAUAUUAAAGCAAGUGAAACUGCGAUUAACGAUUUAAAGGUCAUAGAUAGCGAUUUUUCUGCUGGGCAUCUAGUUAGUAGCGCUUCUAUUGAUGCGGUGAAGGUAUUCGACAUAAGAACAAAUAGUUGCAUUGCAACAAUACAAAAUGAAUCUAACUCACCUUUUCUUUCCUUAGAUUCUCGUCAUGGUUUGCUGGCUUGCGGUACUGAAUUGCAGGGCAUUGACGCUGCUGUGCACAUCUAUGACAUUCGUAAAUGGGAUACUCCUUUGAGAUCGUUAAUUGAUUCUCACCAUGAUGACGUUACUUGCAUUAAAUUCCAUCCUUCUGAUGUCAAUAUUUUGCUUAGCGGAUCGACUGAUGGUUAUACUAACAUCUAUGAUUUGAAACAAGAUGAGGAGGAAGACGCUUUACAUCAAGUGAUCAAUUAUGCGUCAAUUCAUUCAUGUGGUUGGCUGUCACCAAAGAGAAUAUAUACACUAUCACACAUGGAAACAUUUGCAAUUCAUGAACUGAACGACAAAUCCGAUGAAUUGAGAGAGCCGCAACCCUUAGACUUUGGUGAUGUAAGAAAAGCAUGGGAUUGUGAUUACGUGGUAGACAUUUAUCCCGGCCUUAUUGCAACUGGUAAAACUCAAGAAAAUGCUGGAGAAUUACGCCUCAUACCAUUCAAGAAUGAGAAAAUAUAUACCGAAAAAUGCUUUGUCAUUCCACACGCACAUGGAGAUGAAGUAGUUCGGGACAUCUUUAUAUCAGCACACCAAAGUGAUAUGUUAUACUCCUGUGGCGAAGAUGGUUACGUGAAAAUUUGGAAGAGCACUCAGGGGCCUUUAAACACGCCGGAAACUUUUUGGGAUUACUCUGAAAAAAUGAAUGUUUUAGGAGAUGAUAGUAAAGAAGCUUUUACUAACCUAGAGGAACCUUUGAUUAUUCAAAAGGAUUUGGCGUCCACGAAGCCAAGAAAAGAGAAACACAAAAAAAGUAAAAAACAUUCCACUAAAAGUCGUUUCAGGCCGUACUAG